AUGGAGGUCAUGAAAAAGAUGAAAAAGGAUUACGAGGGUCAACUAGCAACGCUUUUAGAAAAGCAGUCGUGCAAGGAAAUGGUGGUCAAGUCCAAAAUCAAGUAUGUGCAUCAACGCGAUUCAUGCAAUGCUCUGCGGAAGGAGUCGAAAGAAAAAAUUCGUGAUUUGGAUGCAAAAAUAAAGGUUUGCGCUGAAAUCAUAGAGAAAUCCAAUCAAAAACUACUAGAAAUAGAAGAUUUGGAGAGGAAAGCAGAAAUUAAGCAAGCAGAAUUGCGCAUGUUGAAUGAGCAGCUCAAUACGAUCAAAGUUGCUCCUUAUCCCGGUACUGAAAAGGAGUUGCGUGCGGAGAUACACGAGAUUGACUCCUCUACAGAAUUUCAACAGUUGGAAUCAAAGCGCGACCGAUUGAAAAGCGAGUAUUGA